AUGUCUGAUGCUGUAUUAGAGGAUACAAUAUAUGAUGAUGCUGUUAGUUUUACUACAAAACCAUAUGAUUCUGUUUAUCCUAAAAUCGAUUCAUCAAUUGUCAAUUUACCAGUGACAUUACAACGAUUACCACGAAAUAAUAGUAUGAGUGAUAAUCGUUUAGUUUCUACCCUAAAUUUUAAUUCUAAAUCAUUAGCAUCUGAAAGAGAACAGUUUAAUAGUACUUCCUUACUGAAUGUUGAUCCAUCAACAACAUCUUCUUCUACUAUUUUAAAAGAUGCUAGUUUUAAAAUUUUACAAACAAAAUUAUCUCUUGAAAAAGAUAAUCAAUGGAGACAACAAGAAUUGGAAACAAUCAAACGAUUAGAUCGACCAAUGUAUUAUAAACCACCAAGUCAUGAUUUUAAAGAUGGAUUUUAUGGAAUUAAAGAUUGUCUCCCUCCAAAUGUUAAACUUAAUGAUCAAUCACAACAAGAGGAAAAAGAUAAUGAAUUCAAUAAAGCAACCAAGUUACCAAUAUUUAUUAAUGCCAUAACUGCGAAAAGAGCAAAAGAAAGUAAUACACAUGCACAAGUAUUACAAAGUAUACGAAAUGAAAUAAAUGAAGAUGAUAUUAUUGAUGAUGAUGACCCUAAUAAUGAUAAUCCACAAGGAUCUUGGGAAAAUCCUAUUGUAAAAGAAGCCAUUUCGAGACAAAUUAAUCUUGAAUAUCAAAUGAAAUCAUUAAUACGAAAUAUUAUUUAUUUAAUGAUAUUUAUAUUAUUUAAAUCAUCAAUUUCAAAAUUAUUGGUAUUAUUAUUAAAUGCUAGAUCUAUAUCAUCAACAAAAGAAUCUGAUUCUCAAUUAUACAACUAUAGUCAUAAUAAUCAUAUGAUAAUACCUCAAUCGUCAUCAUCGUCAUCAAUAUCAGUAUCAAAUACUAGCACCAUUGCAUUUUAUUUUGUAUUAAUAACAAAAUUAAUCAUAGGAUAUUUCAUUAUCAGUAUAAUUAUUGCUGGAUUCAAAUUAUUAAAAGGUCAAGAUCAAUGUUAUGAUUUACCAUUAACUAUUCAUCAACGGAAAUUAUUAGGAUUGAAAGUUAAUGAUGUACCUGAAGAUUAUAUCAUUGAUGAAAAAGCCGAAAUGAUAUUAAAACAACGAAGAUAUGAUUUAUUGAAAAAUAAAAAUAACGAUAAAAAUAAAGAUAAAUUGGUUAAUAUGGUUAAUAAUCAACAAUCAAUACCAAAAUAUAAAAAAUUGAAUGAUUAUUAUUGUUCUUCUUAUUAUGAUGGUAUCAACAAUAAUGCUGAAGAAGAACAAGAACAAUUACAAGAUUCUAUGUUUAAUAUUAAUCCUCAAGUUAAUGGCAAAUAUAAUGAUGGUGCAUUGAUUAAGAAUCAAAGUUUAUAUCAACCAAGACAUGGUAGUACUUUUAAUAAUUCUAUUGAAUUGAAUACUCAAGCAUCAACUCUGGGUUUGAAAUUUUUAGGAAAUCAAACAACUUUUGGUAGUCAGAUCAAUUAUAAUACUCAAAAUAAGAAUAUGAAUUCAAAAUAUUCAUCACAAACAAUUCAAAAGGCGCAAUCUAAAUUUGAAAAGAAUUUUGAUAUUAAAUUCAAUUGUAAUUGA